AUGGAGUCGAUGAUGGAGAAGAAAGUUGAUCACUUGAUGACAUUACCUGGAAUAAAUGGAGUUUGUAUCGCAGACAGUAAUGGUCUCUCUCUGUCUUCAAGAGGAUCAUUAAAGGCAGAAUUCGCUCCGCUCGGAUCACAACUUCUUAACCUCUGUUCGCAACUGGAGCCUUCAAGCUCGAUCCCUCCCCAAGUCACUCUCUUGAGCGAUCAUUCAAAGGUGACUUUCUCGAAACACGAAGACCUUAUAAUGGCGCUGCAUCAAAACAACUGA